AUGGCUUUUGUCUUGAGAUUUGUUGACAAAGAUGGUUUUAUAAAAGAGAGAUUUUUUUAUCUUUAUCAUGUUCAAGAUACAUCAUCUAUGACACUUAAAAAUGCUAUUAGUGAAAUACUCUCACAUCAUUGCCUUGAUAUCCAGAAUAUCCGUGGCCAAGGAUAUGAUGGUGCCAGUAACAUGCGUGGUGAAUGGAAUGGAUUGCAAGCAUUAUUUCUUAAUGAAUGUCAUUGUGCUUAUUAUGUGCAUUGUUUUGCUCAUCGAUUACAAUUAGCCUUGAUUGCUGUCUCUAAGGAAGUUUCUUCUAUAUAUCAAUUCUUUCAGAAUUUGAAUUUUAUCAUUAAUAUCAUCACUGCUUCUUCUAAGCGUCAUGAUCAAUUCCAAGCUACCCAAAUUUCUGAAUUUGAACAUCUGCAGGCUAUUGGUGAGCUUAAAACCGAUACAGGUUCUAACCAAAUAGGUGCAUUAAAGAGGGCAAGUGAUACUAGAUGGGGUUCUCAUUUUUAUUCUAUAUGCAGUCUUCAACGAGGGUAUAAUGAAUCGUGUUCUGAGAUCAUGGGCAUCACUGAAAUUCUUUGUCAAGCAUUACAACAAAAAUCUCAAGAUAUUUUGAAUGCUAUACAAUUAGUUUCAAGUACAAAGGAACUUAUUCAAGAAUUGCGAGAUGAUGGUUGGAAAAGAAUACUUGAAAGUGUUGUUAAUUUCUCCAAGCUUUAUGAAAUAGAUAUUCCAGAUCUUGAUGCUCAAUAUAUUGAAGGUCGUGGCCGUCAACAACAUGAUCAAAUAACUAUUGAGCAUCACUAUCAUUUUGAUAUCUUUAAUUCAACAAUUGACUUUCAAUUACAAGAGUUAGAUAGAAGGUUUACUGAGCAAACAAUGGAACUUUUAUCACUUAGCUCUUCAUUAGAUCCGAAGAAUGGUUACAAAGCAUUUAAUGUUGAUGAUAUUUGUAGCCUUGCAGAGAAAUACUACCCUCUUGAUUUUUCUGAGCAGGAGAGAAUUAGUUUGAAUUUUCAAUUGAAGCAUUUCCACAAGGACAUCCCAAAAAAUCCAGAACUUCAAAAUUUAUCUUCAAUUUCUGAGUUGUGUCAGGGAUUAGCCAAGACAGGAAAGUCAAUUUCCUAUCAUUUAGUUGAUAAGCUAAUUAGUCUUAUCUUAACACUUCCAGUUUCAACAGCAAGUAGUGAGCGUGCAUUCUCAGCAAUGAAAAUUGUGAAAACAAGGCUUCGAAACAAAAUGGAGGAUGACUUUCUUGCAAAUAAUUUGGUAGUGUAUAUUGAAAGAGAGAUUGCUAAAAUUUUUACUACAGAUUCUAUCCUUGAAGAUUUCGUUAAUUUAAAAGAGCGUCGUAUACAAUUUUAG